UCAGAAACAAAAGAUGAGUCCCAGAUGGCAGGGCAAGGACUUGGCCAACGCUGAUGCUGGGGAGGCCUCUAGGGAUGGAGAGCUGCCUGGCCAGUGACAGCGCAGCAGGAGAUGGGCUGGUGAUGAAGAUCAAGCAGGAGAAACCAGAGUGGCUGCUGCAGACGCUAGUGCCGCAGGCUGUGCUUUCCGAGAAGGAUAAGGAGAACAUUUUCCAGCAGCAUCGGGCCUUCCCACAAUGCCAGACGAUGGGGAGACCUCGAGCUCUCGGGGGACAAGAGGAGGCUGGGGGUACGCGGUGGACCCCUUCCACGGAGCAGGAUGAGGGGCUGGCAGGCCAGGCUCCUGGGGCAGCUCCCGGCACCCUGAGCCCUGCGCUUUCUGUCAGUGAGGGUCACUUUGUGUGCCUGGACUGCGGGAAGCGGUUCAGCUGGUGGUCAUCCCUGAAGAUCCACCAGCGCACUCACACAGGGGAGAAGCCGUACCUCUGUGGUAAGUGCGGCAAAAGCUUCAGCCAGAAGCCCAACCUGGCGCGCCACCAGCGGCACCACACAGGAGAGCGACCCUUCUGCUGCCCUGAGUGCGCGAGGCGCUUCAGCCAGAAGCAGCAUCUGCUCAAGCACCAGAAGACACACUCCCGGCCCGCCACCCACUCGUGCCCCGAGUGCGAGCGCUGCUUCCGCCACCAGGUGGGCCUCCGCAUCCACCAGCGGGCGCACGCUCGGGAUCGCCUGGGCGCCCGCACCGGCCUGCACGAGCUGCUCCGGGACGCAGCGGCAAGCCGGGCCUGUCGCCUGCGGUCGGCGCUGCCGCCGCCGCCGCCGCGGGGGCGCCCCGAGUGGGCUUGGCUGGGGCUCUGCCAAGGCUGGUGGGGCCAGCCUGGCGUCCGGACCGCAGAACCCGGCCCUUCGGGGCCGGGAGAACAGCGUCAGUUCAUCUGCAACGAGUGCGGCAAGAGCUUCACCUGGUGGUCGUCGCUGAAUAUCCACCAGCGCAUCCACACAGGCGAGCGGCCCUACGCGUGCCCCGAGUGCGGCCGCCGCUUCAGCCAGAAGCCCAACCUCACGCGGCACCUGCGCAACCACACGGGCGAGCGCCCGCACCCGUGCCUGCACUGCGGCCGCGGCUUCCGCCAGAAGCAGCACCUGCUGAAGCACCUGCGCACGCACCUGCCGGCCGCGCCCGCCGCGCCCUGCCCCCGCUGUGGGAAGAGCUGCCCCAGCCGCUCAGCGCUUCGAGCCCACCAGCGCGCGCACGUCGCCGCCGAGCUGCUGCGCCCCGGGUCCUCUGCGCAGUACCGGGAGCCAAGUCCCGACCCGCAGUCUGGGCGGUCCCCGGGCUCAGCCGCUAGACCGCGCAGCCCCCAGCGGCCCGGAGGAGCCGGCAAAGCGCUGUGGAGUCGAGGGCGCACGGGCUUGGCGGAGGCUGGCGAGCCACGUCAGUUCAUCUGCAACGAGUGUGGGAAGAGCUUCUCGUGGUGGUCGGCGCUCACCAUCCACCAGCGCAUCCACACUGGUGAGCGGCCCUAUGCGUGCCCCGAGUGUGGCCGCCGUUUCAGCCAGAAGCCCAACCUCACGCGGCACCGGCGCAACCACACUGGCGAGCGGCCAUACCUGUGUGCAGCCUGCGGCCGCGGCUUCCGCCAAAAGCAACACCUGCUCAAGCACCAGCGCGUUCACCGCGGAGGCCUGGCACCCAGCCCCAAGGAGGAGGCACUCUAGUGGACUGGGGUUGAGCAGACCCGUGGUGGAGGCAGGGCAAGGUUUGCGGGUGAGCGCCUGGGGAAUAGGGGCGACCAGGAGUGCUGGCUCUUAGAAACCCCUGCGGUAAAACCAAGAACAGAGUUCCAGAAGCAUCCCAAAGGGUGCUGGGUAAAGGUCCUAGGGUGUGUGGAGGGAGGAGGUAAUAGUGACGUUCCUCACCCCAGAGCCUGAAGUUGUCGGAGAUGGGCUGGGGGCCGUCUGUGUACCUUUUCAGAGGUUAGACCCCAGGCCUCAAGCCUGGAGUAGGGGGAGAGUAUGAAGUUGCCCAGGUCUGGACUGGUCAGCCAUAACACCAGGCUGUCACACUUAGGCUGAAGGAUGGCCAGGAAGCCACCCCUGUGGGAAAAUCUCAGCAGACUCACUGACACUAAGGAUGGAGCCAGAGACUGCGGCUAGGGAAGGGCAAGUAUGUCCCCAGCACCAAGGCCAGUGCUGGCGCUUAGUGGCCAUUCAGUAUUUCUGGAGUGGUUGGAUGUUCUCCAACCUGAGUGCUCUGCUGCCCACAGUGCUGGGUAUGGCAGGAUAACCCCAGAAAUGUGUGUGUGGUGUGAUGGGCAGGGGUGGGAUGGGCUUAGCUGAGGUUUGGUUGCUUGGGAGGGAGCUGGGUGGCAGAGCCAGAUGUGCUGCUCCUAUUGUGGUCCAGGGUGUGCCCAGAGUGGCUUGGCUGACUUUAUGGACUUGGAGCCUUUCAAUCUCCAUGUUGCAGAAGAGAA